AUGUCGAGAAAGGUCGAGAAGCCGGUCGGAGUUUGCGUCCUGUACGGCUAUCUGAAACGAUUCAAACACGAGAAUGCACUAUUGAACAAAGACCCGACAAAAUUCGACGUCAAAGUUCAAGAAGCCGAAGCGAUCCUUGAAAACUUGAACUUCCAAUUCGAGCAGCACGUCGUACUUUCCAAGAUGUACAGCCUGUCUUUGAACCAUUUGGACAAGGCCGUCAACCACGCCCUGGAAUGUGUCAAGUUCCAUCCUGAACUUUACGAACUUUGGAAUCAUCUGGGAGAGCUUUACUACACACAAGGCCGGUUCCCACAGGCGGAGAAGUGUUUCAGUCUCGCCAUGGAGAAAAAGUGUAACCCGUAUUCACUUAGGAAUCUGUCGAUGGUCAUGAAGGUCUGCAAACCAUCUGAUGAUGUAGAGAAAUACACCGGGAGGAUUUUAAAGAGCAUCGAGUAUGCUUCACAGUCAUUAGAGUUGGAUGAUUCAGACCCGGAUACUUACAAUCUAAUCGGUACGGCUUUUCUCGCAGCAUACUUCAUACCUCCAAAAGACCCUUUGUACCUUUGCAAGGCUUAUGCUGCAUUUAAAAACGGUGAAAAUUGCCCUCUAGGAAAUUUGAACUGUUUGAUACCAUACAACAAACAUGUUUUGUUUAAAUAUCUCCAUCUCUAUACAGAAGCUUUACAAAUGCUUGAUCAAGCGCAAAAACUCUCUCCCUCUUGGGCAUUACCUGCCAAGGAUAAAAAAUCCAUAAUAUCAUUUUUAGAAAAAAUACAUGAUUCGUAUGUGACAAACACUAAAUCUAAAGACUUGCUGCAGAUUAAAAAAAAAUUAAGCAAACAGAAAUUCCUUCAAAACAAGUUUUCAAAUAAAGUACAAGGAGUAGAAGGACUUGAUAUUGGACGUAACCCUGAUUGUUGUGUCGUCGGGAGGGUCAUUUGGAACAUUCCGUCCACUCAGUCUUUUCCCAGCGUCCUGGGACUGUGCGAUAACACAGGGCAGAGAGUCAUCGUGUUGUCGAUAGUUCCUUAUUUGGAAAAGUCAGUUGGCCUUUAUAAUACACUUACAAUAAACAAACCUUAUUUGAAAGAAAUAGCUUUCACUAUCGACGGGAAGAGCCAUAAAUUUCCUUUAAUCACAGUCUUUAAAGCUGAAAACGUUUUAAUCGGUGGAAAACCGUUGAAAUACACUGGUAACGUCGAUACAAAAUUCAAUUGCCACGAAUAUUUACAAUUGAAAACUUUAUAA